AAAUUCUAGUCUAAAAGAACAUUUCAUUACCAACAGCCGUCGCGUACGCACGUUGCACGUUCGAGUUUUCGCGCGCUAUUUAUAUCGCGUUUUUCAAGAACAAAGGGCUUAUAAUAGUACCGGUAGUGUGCGCAGUGAAGAUGAGCGGAAAUUUUCUGACUAUCCCUGGAGAUGAGCCGAUACAAAGACGGUCACGGAGUUCAUCUUUAACCAACCUGAUCUCGGCGUUCGACACCAAGGCACAAUCACACACGGAGGGCCAGAAAAUAUGCGCGUUCAGUGGACAGUUCGACAAAAGCAUCAAACCAACAUUUUCGAGGGAAGAAUAUGGAAAACCCAUCCCUGGAUCCAUGACUGAGAUACGAGGCGCAGAAGCACAGGCACGAGUAUGUACAGAGAUGAAAGAGCUGUGCGAGAUUAUUAAUCAAUACGGAAAGAUCCCCUGCAAAGGCCUACUACCCCCGGAGCUACAAAAUGCCACAAAAGUAAUCUCUUUCGGGGAGUUAUUUACGAUAUACACAGUGAUCUCUGACAAGCUCGUCGGCAUUCUUUUACGGACCCGAAAACACCACCUCACAUUCUUUGAAGGCGAAGUUUUAUUCCAGAAACAAGAUGACGACGUCCCCAUAUUCCUCUUGAUGCCAAUAGCUGAUAUCCGUCAGUACUGCGACAACAAGGCUCUACAAGCCAGAAGAUCAGUCUCACCCAUGCCUCAAUAAUUCAAUGUGAUAUAAGUAUACGAACUUAGGAACUCAUCAACACAGAAGCCAAAAAACAGCGAAUUUAAGGAUGGCUCACGCAAGAAUGUGCCGAGUCCGGGUCGUGGUGUCCGAUAUCCGAUCACCUGUCAUAUAAAACAAAUUGUCGGAAGCCUCGGCCCUGACCCGGGUCAUUCUAGCGUGAGUUAUCCUUUAACACGGAUUAGUAACGUAUGCUGACCCAGUUCCAUAUUUCCAUACAUUUUCCACCAGUCAGUUAUUUCCAAAUGAUGCCUUGUAUGUUCCACUUUGCGUAGACAUUGUUUUCCAGUCAUGAAAUCCCUGCAUGGAUAAGUUCGUCGUUGUUGUACUAAAUUAACUAUAUAUGCGUUUCUCAUGUUUCCUUUUCAAUGUUCAAUAAAGCAUAAACAUAUGUAGAUAUAUAAUACCUACAUUCGUACAGCUUCAUAUGUUUUCCUAGCUCUAGCUAGCCUCAUAUACAAAAAAAUCCUUUUUUUUUUUAUUUGGACGAUGUCGUGUAAGUGGAAUAAAUUACAUUUGUUUGAAAAAGCAAUGAAACAAAGGAAAUGCUACUUUAUUUGUUUCAUUAAAAGUUCAAAUUAGAUUGCAGCGAAUAUGUACAUUAUCGUGUACAUUGAUCCUUACGAGGCUAGAAUCGCUCCCAGAUGUAUUCAAAAUGUGUUUUUUUUUAUUUGAACUCAUUGAACUUGAAUAUACCUUUUGAAAAACAGUUACACCGUUUUUACGUAAUUUUAACUUGUAGGGGAGAAUGGGGAAAUUGCGGAGACUCACUCAAAUCCACAAUAAAUAAAUAAAAUCAAUCUUAUUUCCUUUUACUUAACUUUGGACAUUCCUCUAUAAAAUCAUUUAAUAAUAUUAAUUUGUCACUAAUCAACACGUAGGUAAUUAAGUGUAAAAAAUAUGCAAUAAAACUAUGAAAACGGAUUAUAUCGCGUAUAUUGAAUUUAUAAUACAUCCCGACGUUUGGAACCCUUUACAGGGUCUCCGUCCGUCUUCAUAGUUUUAUUUCAUGAGUAACUAUCGAGGUAACCGAAGACAAUAUUAUGUAAAAAAAAAUCUUUGUCCGGAAUUACUCAACGAUGACGUUUAAAAAAUACGGACAUCAUAUGGGAUAAAUAAAGACAAUUUGGAAUAAAGGCAGACGAUAUAUUUAUUGCAGCAACAAUCACAAAUAAACCCCGCCAGAUGAUAAACUCCCUGUGCAGUUUAACAAAAAAUAUUACUUAGGUAUUCAAAGUUGGAGUGCCCGCAAUUAACUAAAGUACUUUGGGUAAUUGUGGACGCCAAAUAUUACCCAGUAACGAUUACAACUAAUAAUUGUCUGCAAAUAGCCUGAAAACCCAUAUUCGAAGAAGUUAAAAAUAAUAAUGUUUCUUAAGCGCACACACGUGAUGGUUUUAUGAU